AUGGGUCCUAUGGCGAAACGGCGAAAAGUGCAAAGCAAAACCGAGGAGAUCAACUUCGAUCCCUCCGCUCGUCAUACAUUCUUAACGGGCUUUCGCAAACGAAAGCAACAACGGGUGAAGCAUGCGCAGGAAGUGGCAGAGCAAAAAUAUAAAGAACAGAAAAGAGAGGAAAGAAAAAGGAUUCGGCAAGAACGAACCGAAGGAUUUCAGCGUGCGAUCGAGGAGCACCAAAGGCAAUUGAAGAAGAUCAACGAUGAGAACCGUGACAGUGACGAUUCCGAAUCUGGCAGUGACGACGAGGCGGAGAAUCAGGAAUGGGAAGGGUUUGCAGAGCCGCCAGCGGUGGAUUACGAAGCAGAGUACAUCGACGAGGAUAAAUACACGACGGUGACGGUGGAGGAGAUGGAUCCUUCGAGAGAAGGUUUGUUGAGGUCUCAAGAAGACGACAACUCGAGUGAAGCGGACGAGCAAACAGAGGCGGCGCCCGAAGCCGAGACCAAACAGUCGGCCGGACCGACAAAAAAGCGGAUAUCCGAUAACAAGGUCCAGAAGAAGAAGAAGAAAAAGUUCCGGUACGAAAGCAAGGAGGAGCGCAGGCUGACGCGGGCAAAGCAGCGCCAGUCGAACCACAGGAAAGCGCAGGCCCGGCGAGAGCGAGGAUGA